GUGAAAGUGUGAAGCUCCAGAUGUCAAUUUUUAAUUAUUUUAUCUAGAUUUGUUUUUGUUUGUUUUAACAAUAUGGAUUAAUGAGGAACUAUUUUAUUUUGUGGGGGAGAGGAAGAAAUGGAUCGACCUGGAAGAGACUGAGACCCUUGGGCCAUGGAUGAAAAAAGUCUGGUCAGCAUUGUUUUAAUCAUCAGUUGCCUUCUGGAGUUUUAAGAGUUCUCUGAAAUCUCUCCUUUCAAGUCUGCCCUCCUUCACCCCACUUAGGCACUUUCUAGAGACAGUUGCUACAGAAGGGAUUGGAAAUUCAAGUUUAUUCUUAAAAGCCAAAAGGAAACGAGACCUACUGGGUGUUUUGGGUGUCAAGCACGAGGGAACAAAUAGAAGGAGGACAAAAAAACACACAAGCCAAUGGACCUUGGCCUCCAACCCCCCUUAUAAAGAAAAGGAUUUACAGCUCAACCUCACACCAGCUGUUGCCUGGCUUUAGCCGUCAGGAGAGGAAAUAAAUAAAAUUAAACAACCACCACUAGACAGACAGUCCCAGAUCCUGGUGAAAUUGGGAAGAAUGUUUCUGCAACUGUCUUUGUAUUAAAGGGCAAGAGGAAACGAAGUGGUGUUAGGAAGACUGGCAGAAGCAGAACCUCUUCCCAGAGAGUGGUGACCAGAAGGGACCACUGGACUCCAGGAGCAGCUUAGAAAGGAAAAACAGAAGAGACUUCCUCUGCAUUUUGGUGCGGAUUUUUCUCAGAGGAAUCCAAGACAGGCUGGAUACCUUCACAAGGGCAUGAAAGACUCGCCCAGCUCAGCUUUCUUCCACGUGCCACAGAGUUCUGCAUGUUUCAGUUGCCACCUUCCCUAGCCUUUGUUUUACUCUUGCCUUCAGGGUGAAACCAGUCCUCACCACCAGCUGCUCAGCGAACUACUCCUUGCACUAUAGUGGCCUGGCUCAGGACAGAUGUGGGCAGCCAAGGACAUCCCUGUCUCAACAGUGUUUUAAAUUGGAGUUCAGCCCCCACCCUUUAAAAAAAAAAAAAAAAAAUCUCCUUCUCUAUCCCCCCAAACUCUCUUGGGGGACACAGUGUAUUUUUUUUUUUUGGCUGUUGUCUUGGAUCUCUACCUUUUGGAGUUUAUGUGGCUCUUUCUGGAUGGUCUUGUGUCGUCUUCUCCAUUGAGAACUCUCUAAGUGUAUUUCAGGAAGUUGGUUGGGCCUGGGCUAUGCUGCAGGGCAGAUUCUCCACCAGAGCUCCAACAUGCCAGCAGCAUCUGGAAAGAGGUUCAAACCCAGCAAAUACGUCCCAGUCUCUGCUGCUGCCAUCUUCCUAGUGGGAGCCACCACCCUCUUCUUUGCCUUCACGUGCCCAGGGCUCAGUCUGUACAUCUCCCCAAUCAUCCCCAUCUACAAUGCCAUCGUCUUCCUCUUUGUGCUGGCCAACUUCAGCAUGGCCACCUUCAUGGACCCAGGCAUCUUCCCACGAGCUGAGGAAGAUGAGGACAAAGAGGAUGACUUCCGAGCCCCACUCUACAAGACGGUGGAGAUCAAGGGCAUCCAGGUGCGCAUGAAAUGGUGUGCGACGUGUCGCUUCUACCGGCCUCCACGCUGCUCCCACUGCAGUGUCUGUGACAACUGUGUAGAGGAGUUUGACCAUCACUGCCCCUGGGUGAACAACUGCAUUGGGCGGCGCAAUUAUCGCUAUUUCUUCCUCUUUCUGUUGUCACUCACCACACACAUCAUGGGCGUGUUUGGCUUUGGCCUUCUCUACGUCCUCUACCAGGUGGAAGAGCUCUCUGGAGUGCGUAUGGCUGUCACUAUGGCUGUGAUGUGUGUGGCCGGCUUGUUCUUCAUUCCUGUGGCUGGCCUUACAGGGUUCCAUGUGGUGUUGGUGGCAAGGGGCCGCACCACCAAUGAACAGGUUACAGGUAAAUUCCGGGGAGGAGUGAACCCUUUCACUAAUGGUUGCUGUAAAAAUGUCAGUCGUGUCCUCUGCAGCUCACUGGCUCCCAGGUAUCUCGGGCGACCAAAGGCAGAGCCGACACUGCUGGUGAAACCACCCUUCCUCAGGCCUGAGUUGUCAGAUGGACAGAUUGCUGUCAAGAUAAUGGACAAUGGUAUCCAGACUGAACUGAAGAGAACGAAGUCCAAAGGAAGCCUCGAGGUGACGGAGAGCCAGUCUGCAGAUGCUGAGCCGCCACCCCCACCCAAGCCAGACCUCGGCCGCUACACGGUCCUGAGGACACACUUAACCCUGGCCACCAAUGAGGACAGCAGCUUGAUAGGCAAGGACAGCCCUCCAACUCCAACCAUGUACAAGUACCGACCUGGCUACAGCAGCAGCAGCACCUCAGCCGCCUUGCCCCAUUCCACCAGCGCCAAGCUGAGCCGAGGGGACAGCCUGAAAGAGCCCACAUCCAUCGCUGAGAGCAGCCGGAACCCUAGUUAUCGGUCGGAGCCAAGCCUUGAGCCCGAGAGCUUCCGUUCGCCCACCUUUGGCAAGAGCUUCCACUUUGACCCACUGUCGAGCGGCUCUCGCUCCUCCAGCCUCAAGUCAGCCCAGGGCACAGGUUUUGAGAUGGGCCACCUGCAAUCGAUCCGCUCUGAGGGCACCACCUCCACAUCCUACAAGAGCCUGGUGAAUCAGACGCGCAAUGGGAGCUUGUCGUAUGACAGCUUGCUCACCCCCUCUGACAGCCCUGACUUUGAGUCUGUGCAGGCUGGGCCAGAGCCAGACCCCCCUGUGGGCUACACAUCACCCUUCCUUUCAGCCCGCAUCACCCAGCAGCGUGAGGCUGACCUGCACAGCCGCUUUCCCAGCACCGGCUCACCCAAGCACCACCCCCCUCCUGGGCACUCUCCUAUCCGCUAUGACAAUCUCUCACGCCACAUUGUGGCCUCCAUGCAGGAGCGGGAGAAGCUUCUGCAGCAGACACCCAGCCCACCGCCUCUGGCUCGGGAGGAAGACACAGGGCAGGUGGACUCGGGCAUCCAGUCCACACCAGGCUCUAGCAAUGCCCCGCGUACCAGUUCCUCUUCGGACGAUUCGAAGCGUUCGCCUCUAGCAAAGAACCCACUCACUCGCCCGGUGCCGCCCCGUUUUGGCAAGCCCGAGCCUCUGCACGCACUCAGGGUGCGCUCACUAGGCUCACCAGACCAGCCUGCUGCCCCCCACCUGGGCAAAUCUGUGUCUUACAGCAGCCAAAAAGCAUCGUCUCAGGCCAGCGUCCCAGAGACGGAGGAGGUGGCCUUGCAGCCAUUACUGGCACCAAAAGACGAGGUGCAGAUGCGAACAGCUUACAGCAAGUCCAACGGGCAGCCCAAGAGCCUGGGCCCAGCCUCCCCCACCCCUGGCCAACCGCCUCUGAGCAGCCCCACACGUGGAGGAGUAAAGAAGGUGUCUGGAGUGGGCGGGACCACCUAUGAGAUUUCUGUAUGAAGGGCAGUGCACUCUUCCCACUGUCACCUCCUCCCUGGCUGAUGCCCAAAGGCCCAGGCGCAGCAGCCAGGCGCCCCUGUGCUCUCAAUGCAUGGACGCUUUUUAGAAUCCGACUGGGAGAGGAAGCCGCGAGGACAGUGACUGUUUUUAACUACAAUCCCUGGGAUCUGGGGCGAGGCCCUGGGCACCCCCUCAACAUCACAGUAGUGGCGGGCCCAGCUUGGCUACUCGCCACAGCUGGCCACCUCCUCUGAACCAACCAAGAAACUGCAAACAUAGCACACACUGCCGAGAGAAGGGGACACCACACCAGCAGCGCCUCCAGCUGGGAGAAAGGCAGGGCAGGCAGCCUGCAGCCCUGCCCCUAAUGGGCCUGACACUCGCAGACCUAGUGCAAUUGCUCGCCUCGCGCAGUAGGGCAGAUUGUUUUUAAACCAGAAUAAUUUUUUUUAUGAUUAUUGUUACGGAUUCUAUUUUUUUUCUCUUCUGAGUUACCAGUUGUGUGUAUAUAUAAAUAACUAUAUAUAAAAAUAUAAAUAUAAAUAUAAAAGAAAUUAUAUAUCUACCCAGAGAGAAGGGGGAAUGGCCCCACAUGUCCCCUUUUUGACAAGUGAUCCCAGGACAGAGAAAGAGGGAGGGAGCAUGGUCUGACACGUGUGAGUUACAAGCAUCCAGUAGGACAGGUGCUUGCAUUAAUCAGCCCAAGAGGAUCAAGGCAUCUAUGGUAUCUCUGAACAGGGAGGGGAUGAUGGCACAUGUGGCUCUUC